CCCGGGGGCCCCGGCGCGCCAUGCGGGGGCCCCGGGGCAGCGGUCGGGGCUUCCCUGGGCCUCGGUUUCCCCCUCCCUCGCAAUGAGGCGCCGGUUUUAGCCCGAUGAGCCCCCCCAGAAUGGAGCCGCUGAAGAACCUGCUCCUCAAGAGCCCCCUGGGGACGUGGAGCGGCGGGGGGCGGGCCGAGGGCGCCCCCAAGACCGCCUACUCCAACCCGGUGUGGACAGCGCUCUUCGACUACGAGGCGAGCGGCCGCGACGAGCUGACGCUGCGCAAAGGGGACCGGGUGGAGGUGCUGUCCCGGGACGCGGCCAUCUCCGGGGACGAGGGCUGGUGGGCGGGCAAGGUGGGCGACCAGGUGGGCAUCUUCCCCUGCAACUACGUGUCCCGGGGCAGCGCCCCCCAGCCCGAGGUGGCCCGCUUCCAGGAGCUGCGCCUGGAGGAGGUGAUCGGGGUGGGCGGCUUCGGCAAGGUCUACCGGGGCAGCUGGAGGGGCGAGCUGGUGGCCGUCAAGGCCGCCCGCCAGGACCCCGACGAGGACAUCAGCGUGACGGCCGAGAGCGUCCGCCAAGAGGCUCGCCUCUUCGCCAUGCUGGCGCACCCCAACAUCAUCGCGCUCAAGGCCGUGUGCCUGGAGGAGCCCAACCUGUGCCUGGUGAUGGAGUACGCCGCCGGAGGCCCCCUCAGCCGGGCGCUGGCCGGCCGCCGCGUCCCCCCUCACGUGCUGGUCAACUGGGGGGUGCAGAUAGCCCGGGGGAUGCACUACCUGCACUGUGAGGCUCUGGUGCCCGUCAUCCACCGGGACCUCAAGUCCAACAACAUCCUGCUGCUGCAGCCCGUGGAGGGGGACGAUGUGGAGCACAAGACCCUGAAGAUCACGGACUUCGGCCUGGCCCGCGAGUGGCACAAGACCACUCAGAUGAGCGCCGCGGGUACCUACGCCUGGAUGGCCCCCGAAGUCAUUAAGGCUUCCACCUUCUCCAAGGGCAGCGAUGUCUGGAGCUUCGGGGUGCUGCUGUGGGAACUGCUGACCGGAGAAGUGCCUUACCGCGGCAUCGACGGCCUGGCCGUGGCCUAUGGCGUCGCCGUGAACAAGCUGACGCUGCCCAUCCCCUCCACCUGCCCCGAGCCCUUUGCCCAGCUCAUGGCCGACUGCUGGGCACAGGACCCCCACCGCCGGCCCGACUUCUCGGUCAUCUUGCAACAGCUGUCGGCCCUGGAAGCCCAGGUGUUGCGGGAAAUGCCCCGGGACUCCUUCCACUCCAUGCAAGACGGCUGGAAGCGGGAGAUCCAGGGUCUCUUCGAUGAGAUCAGAGCAAAGGAAAAGGAGCUGCUCAGCCGGGAGGAGGAGCUGACCCGGGCGGCGCGGGAGCAGCGCUCUCAGGCCGAGCAGCUGCGGCGGCGCGAACACCUGCUGGCGCAGUGGGAGCUGGAGGUGUUCGAGCGCGAGCUGACCCUGCUCCUGCAGCAGGUGGACCGAGAGCGGCCGCACGUGCGCCGCCGCCGGGGCACCUUCAAGCGCAGCAAGCUGCGGGCGCGGGACGGCGGCGAGCGCAUCAGCAUGCCUCUGGACUUCAAGCACCGGAUCACCGUGCAGGCCUCUCCGGGCUUGGACAGGAGGAAAAACGUUUUCGAAGUCGGGGCCGGGGACUCGCCCACCUUCCCACGCUUCAGGGCCAUCCAGUUGGAACCCGCGGACACGGGGCAGGUUUGGGGCCGCCAGUCCCCGCGCCGCCUGGAAGACUCGGGAGGUGGGGAGCGCCGGCAGUGCUGGGCCUGGGGACCCGGGUCCCCCAAGCCCGGGGAGGCUCAGAAUGGGAGGAGACGGUCCCGAAUGGACGAGACCACCUGGUACCUGGACUCCAAUGACCCAUCCCCCCUGGGGUCCCCAUCCACUCCUCCCGCGCUCAACGGCGACGUCCGCCCCCCAGAGCCAGAGGAGCCGCGCCGCCAGGGCACCUCGGACCGCAGCGGGACCCCCAAGAUCAUCCAGCGGGCCCUGCUCCGGGGAACAGCUCUGUUGGCCUCCCUGGGCCUGGGCCGGGACCUGCAGCAGGCUGGGAGCGGAGCCCGAGACAAGGGGGAUGCCACCCCCGAAGAGGCGUCGUCCCCCCCCUCCCCUCUCAUUCGCUUUUCUCCCAAAACUCCGGACGCCCCACCCUCUCCCGCGAGCCCGGACCCUGUGGUGCCUCCCAGCCCCCCUCUGCUUGAUCUGGGAACCCCCGGGGGGCAGCCCUUUGCCAAAAGCCCCCGUCGAGAGGAAGAGACUCGGGGCGGGGCUGUCUCCCCCCCUCCUGGGGCCUUCCGUUCCCCCCCCGGCACCCCCCGGUCCCCAACGCUGGGCCUCAUCGGCAGGCCCCGGCCCUCACCCCUCCGGAGCCGCAUCGACCCAUGGAGUUUUGUGUCCACCGGACCCCGGCCGUCCCCACUUCCGUCUCCUCAGCCUGCCCCCCGCCGAGCCCCUUGGACCCUGUUCCCAGACUCGGACCCCUUCCGGGACCCCCAACCCUUCAACCCUUUUGGCCCAGAGUUUCCCCAGAACAACAGAGCCCAGACCAAAGACAUGGGGGGCCAGGCUCCUUGGGGUGCCACAGAGCCAGAGGGGAGCCCCUGAGUAAGGGGGGCAAGGUGUACCCCACGGUGAGGUGGGAGUGUCUCGGCGCCUUUUGGGGAGGCAGGUGCCCCCUGUGGGACCUUCAGCCAGAGGGAGGCCCUCUGCAGGAAUCACUGUAUACACUGGAAAAGGAGAAAGGGGCCAGACCCCCAAAAGGCCACUAGAUCCACGGGGCUGAUGGCCCCUGCCCUCUUAUUUCCCUGGUCCCUCCGGAAGGGACUGAGCAGUCUCUCGGAGCGAGGGCCCGUUGGCAACUGCCUCAGUUUAUCCCAGAGGCUCUGGGUUCCCUCGAAGGUGGCCCUUUUCUUUAGAGGGGAGCGCAGAAGAUGGGGAUGAAGCCUCCCUGCCCUGGAACACUACGCUGCACCUGAAGCCUUAACACUGGACACUGGGGGAGUCCGGAGGGCAGUUGGGGGCGCCCCUGCCUCUCCCAGCCCCCUGCAAGGUCCCCAGGGACCUCCGGAGCCAUCCCCUUGCCCCUCUUCUUCCCCCUGGGGCUCAACACUGUAACUGGCUGGUUUGGGGGGCACCAGAACCUGUCUCAGGGAAUCACUGUCCACCCUUCCCCCAGUCUGGGGGUGGGGGGAGGCAGGGAGUGCAAAGUCACGUGGUUGUGGCCCCUGGGGGGGGGAGAGGCGCAGGACUGGGCCGUCCGGGAGGAGCCUCGGGGCCCUUGGGAGCGGGUCCCCCCCAUGUUUCCCCACACCAGUGGCCCCGGGGACGCGGCCAAGGGCUUCCCAUGGGGGCUUAGUGCCAAACACUCCACCUCCCAGCCCUGGUCUGCAGAUCACGGCCUCGAGUGCUACUGAAACCAAAUAAACUCUUCAGCUGUC